GCCCCACCACACAGUCCAUGGAAAAACUGGUCUCUAAGUGGGGGGUAGUGUUGGUGGUGGUCUGGGCUUGUUAGGAGGGUUGGGGGGCUAAUAGGGAGCUCGGAAAGGGAAGUUCUGGCCCUUGGUCAGCAAAGGGUGGGGCUCAGAUAGUAUCUGUUUCCCCAGUUGGCAGCUCAGCAGGGGCCCUCCUUCAUCAAUGUUCCGGGAAGCAGCGUCUAUGCAGGGUAGGCUGGCCAGGCUGCAGGUGCCAGAGCAGAUUGCAUAAAAGGUUAGGGGCUAAGGGAAAAGGGGUGUAGCCAGACCCAGCAUUGGAGUUUCAGUUUGGACAGCAAGUCAAGUAAGCACCCAGAGUGAACUGGAGAGGGCUUUUGGCCGCUGGCCUCUCUCGUGCUUUCCAUGACAAUGGACAGUCCCCAGCUCUGCCUAGUCCUCUUGGUCAUAGGCCUCUCCUCUGGAGGUGUGAGCACAACUCCAGUGCUUGAGGCUCGGCCCCAGGUCUCCUGCUCUCUGGAGGGAGUGGAGAUCAAAGGUGGCUCCUUUCAGCUUCUCCAAGAUGGUCAGGCCCUGGAGUACCUAUGUCCCUCUGGCUUCUACCCAUAUCCUGUGCAGACUCGAACCUGCAGAUCCACAGGCUCCUGGAGCGUCCUGCAGACCCGGGACGGAAAGAGUGUCAAGAAGGCAGAAUGUAGAGCAAUACGCUGCCCACGACCACAGGACUUUGAAAAUGGGGAGUUCUGGCCCCGGUCCCCCUUCUACAACCUGAGUGACCAGAUUUCUUUUCAAUGCUAUGAUGGUUAUGUUCUCCGGGGCUCUGCUAAUCGCACCUGCCAAGAGAAUGGCCGGUGGGAUGGGCAGACAGCAAUCUGUGAUGAUGGAGCGGGAUACUGUCCCAACCCGGGUAUUCCUAUUGGGACAAGGAAGGUGGGUAGCCAAUACCGCCUUGAAGACACUGUUACUUACCACUGCAGUCGGGGACUUGUCCUGCGUGGCUCCCAGCAGCGAAGGUGCCAAGAAGGUGGCUCAUGGAGUGGGACAGAGCCUUCCUGCCAAGAUUCCUUCAUGUAUGACAGCCCUCAAGAGGUGGCUGAAGCAUUCCUAUCCUCCCUGACAGAGACCAUCGAAGGAGCUGAUGCCGAGGAUGGGCACAGCCCAGGGGAACAGCAGAAGAGGAAGAUUGUCCUGGACCCCUCAGGCUCCAUGAAUAUCUACCUGGUGCUGGAUGGAUCCGACAGCAUCGGGGCCAGCAACUUCACAGGGGCCAAGCGGUGUCUUGCCAACUUGAUUGAGAAGGUGGCAAGUUAUGGGGUGAGGCCAAGAUACGGUCUAGUGACAUAUGCCACAGUCCCCAAAGUCUUGGUCAGAGUGUCUGAUCCGAGGAGUAGUGAUGCUGACUGGGUUACAGAGAAGCUCAACCAAAUCAGCUAUGAAGACCACAAGCUGAAGUCAGGGACCAACACCAAGAAGGCUCUCCAGGCUGUGUACAGCAUGAUGAGCUGGGCAGGGGAGGCCCCGCCUGAAGGCUGGAAUCGAACCCGCCAUGUCAUCAUCAUUAUGACUGAUGGCUUGUACAACAUGGGUGGAGACCCUGUCACAGUCAUUGAG